UUUAUUCAAAUUUUGUCAGAUUUAAAGAUAUGGUUGAAUAAGAAAGGUCUUAAAAAUAUCAAAAGAGCCUCUUCAACUUGUUUAAACUUCCUCUUUAAGAUGCGACUACAAGAGUGGACAUAUCUAGCUGGCGUUUUCUGUUUAGUUGCUUGUUAUGACAACCUCAGCAGGAGGAGGACAACAACAGUAACACAGAGUACAACCUUUAAAUCCGACACAGAUUUCUGGUAUAAUGCGACCUUAGCUAUUGAUGGACUGACCAACACAUCUGAUAGCUACUGUAGUCAUACUGGAACAGACCAAGCCAUUGCUUGGUUACAGGUAGACCUUGGAGCAUACUACAGCAUACACAGUGUAAAACUGUUUUAUAGAAACGAAGAGGGAAUCUGGCGACCAUAUCGCUUCAGACAGUUUUUUCUGGAUGUAUCGGGUGUACCAGUAACAGAGUCGAUAACACUCAACAGAACGCGAUGCUUCACUGACAAUACGUCAGCCCCAGAAGUACCCCCAGAUGUGAUAUCAAUACCCUGUCAACACACAGCGAGAUAUGUUAUUGUUGAAACUACAUACGACGCGCCUGAAGAUGACCCCGUCAAAGGGCCGAUACUUGAAUUAUGCGAGAUCGAAAUAUAUGGUUGUGAGAUUGGUAAAUAUGGUGAUUAUUGCAUUUCCUGUCAAGGGUGUCAAACGUGUAACAUUGAAAGUGGAAAAUGUGUAUGCAACAACACACAUUACGGUCCGACAUGCUCUAAUGAAUGCAGUGAUAAAUGUACAAUGAAAUCAUGCAGUGAUGAAACUGGAUUUUGUGUGUUUGGAUGCCGAUCAGGCUAUUAUGGAAACAGGUGCAACAUCGCCUGCUAUGCAUGUCAAUCUGGAUGCGAUAGAAUUACAGGAGAAUGUAUUGGAGAUUGUCCGGUCGGAAUGUAUGGAUUUUCCUGUGAUAGAAAUUGCAACAAUUAUUGUAGAAAUGGGUGUGAGAAGAUUUCGGGUCUUUGCAAUGAAUGUGUCAGCGGAAAAAUGGGAAACUUUUGCAACACGACCUGCGGGGAUGAUUGUGUUUAUGGGUGUAAUCGAACAACUGGAAACUGUACCGAACGACCCGAGUGGUAUGACGACAGACCGCUGGAUACAGAAGUGCGGUAUAACUCAUUCCCCAACAGCAUUUUCAUACUAUACAUAGUUGUUGCGUUUCUAUUCAUGAGCCUCACCGUCAAUGUAUUCACUGUGACGUGGAUUGUAUGCCCCAACAGAUUUAAAAGGCGAGAGAAAUCAAAUAAAGGUUGCGGCGAUUCAUCUAUAAAUAGUACAAGUAUAAUUCGACAAUCAACUGUUUACGAAACAGCCGAUGACAACACAGGGUACCAUGAACUGGCCUAUAUCAGUGGAUCAUCUCACUACGACGAGUUUCAGGGAGAUUAUCUGGAUCCUUGUUCUAUGUAAUUUUCGAGCUGUUGCAAAUAUGAAUGAGAGUAUUCCACAUGGAGAUCGUAAAUAUGAUAAGACUUGUGAAACGUACAAUUUAUGGUGUUUUUAUUUGUUUUAAAUUGUUUUCACAGUUGCUGCAAAAAAAACAACAAAACGUUAAGAUAU